AUGACUGAAACAAAGAGCAACGACUUGGGUAUGACCGAGGAGGAGUACAACGCCGCCGAAAAGAGUCUUGUUCGGAAACUCGACUAUACUCUUGUGCCUAUGGUAUGGCUUCUUUAUCUGUUCAACUACCUUGACCGAAACAACAUUGCUCAGGCAAGACUUAGCAGCUUUGAGCAAGAUCUCGGUCUCAAGGGGAAUCAAUUCAAUGUGGCAGUCUCGAUUCUGAACGUGGGCUAUAUGCUCAUGCAACUACCAAGUAAUAUGCUCCUUACGCGUACCCGGCCUUCGAUCUAUAUACCGUUCUGGACGGCCCUGUGGUCUAUCGUCUCUGCUGCGACUGCAGGUGCCGGUAAUUACACGCACCUCAUCGUCAUUCGAUUCUUCCUGGGUAUCGCAGAAGCCCCAUUCUUCCCCGGUGCCAUGUAUCUCCUCAGCUGCUGGUAUCCCCGUAAGGAACUUGCGCUCCGCACAGCGAUUCUAUAUUCUGGUGUUCUCCUGGCCACAGCUUUCUCGGGUCUCAUUGCUGCUGGCGUCUUGUCAAAUCUUGAAGGCGUCAGGGGAAUUGCUGGGUGGCAAUGGCUCUUCAUUAUUGAAGGCGCUGGCAGUUUUGGUGCUGCUCUGAUUGCGUUUAUCUUCUUGCCUGAUUUCCCUGGACAAAAGUCUGGGGCGGUCAAAUGGCUCCUCACGGAUGACGAGCAAAAGGUUGCGGUUGAGCGAAUCCAGAGAGACCGCGUGUCCUUGCCCCAGGCUGAUAACAGUGUCUGGAGCGGGCUGGCAAUGGCUGCCAAAGAUAUCCGGACUUGGGUCUUUGUCAUCAUGCUCACGGCCAACCACAGCGCCUACGGCUUUAACAGCUUCUUCCCUACCAUCGUCAAAGGAUUCAAGCUCGGCGACAAUACCCUGACACUUGUCUUGACAGCUCCUCCAUACCUUGUGGCUACUGCCACCGCCUUUGCUACAGCUUGGUCUAGUGAUCGCCGCAAGGAUCGAGGUUACCAUAUUGCAGUGCCCCAAUUCGUCGCCUGCAUCGGCUUCAUCAUCUCAGUUUCCACCCUCAACAACGCUGCAAGAUACACAGCCGCUUUCCUAUACAUAUGCGGGUGCUUCUCUUCCAACGCAAUGGUAUUCAGCUGGGCGAGCUCGACUCUUAACCAGACACCCGAGAAGCGAGCUUGUGCAACAGCCAUCAUCAACCUCUUGAGCCAGUUGGGUAAUAUCUGGAGUCCUUAUUUCUUUCCAUCGAGCGAUGGGCCUCGCUAUGUCAAGGCCAAUAUCUUGAUGAUGGCCUUUUCGCUUCUGUCUGUGGUGACUUGUGUGGUGAUGAAAAUCAUGCUGAAGAAGGCGAAUCGGAAACUGAAGGAGACUGGAGAGAACGCCAACUUGUUUACGCUGUGA